UCACUGAUCCUAAUCACCUGUUGGCUGGUUAUCUUCGUUACGGGAACAGGUCGUCGCGGGCGUCGAACCAAGACUGCCAUUAGCCACCUUGUACAUUAGGGCGUGGCGGGCGACAGGCAGCGUGGGAAUGUCGCCCUAAGCAUUCGCCGCGUGUAUAGGGAGCGAGGGAAGGACCUGGCGUGCAUUGAGGUGCCGCUGUCUGGUACAGAGGAGCGUGUGUCAGACAUGGAGCAGGAGGACAGUCUGGGUCUGAUGGGCGGCCGCGACAGUCCACUCAAACCAGACGGAGGCGUGGGCGGGGGAGUCGUUGAAGGGGAGGACAUUCUAGCCAAACUCCGCCAGCAAGUGUCCGCAGCCUCAAUCUUCAGCCAGGCGGCGAGGGAAGGCGGUCUGGGCUCCACUCCCCCGCCCGGCUCACCCAACAACAAUAACAAUAAUAAUGGCCACAACCUGUACGACCGCCUCCACACCCUCCUGCAGGCCAAGAUGAAGAGGGAGGAGGACGGUGACGGGGAGGAGGACUCGCGCGACCUGGUGCUGCGGGCGGAGGCGCUGCACCGCCAGCGAGAGUCGCUCUUGUCGUCGCCACAGGCACUCAUGAACGCCAUGCGGGGCGGCGGGCCGCCCUCGCUGGUGCCGCCCGGGCCACACCUGCCCUUCAUCCCCAGCACGGUCGGCCUGCCGCCCACCACGCAGAUGCCUCCCACGCCCGGCUCGGCUGGCUCUCGCGACUCCUCGGGCAACGGCGCCCGCACGCCCUCCCAUACGCCCGAGCCACACCAGAGUCAGCAGUCCUGGAGCUUCGAGGAGCAGUUCAAACAGGUACGGGAACCAACGAAGCACUCAUCCUUUGAAGAAGACAAACGCAAGCUCUACGAACUCAGUGAUGAUGUGAAGCGGAAAGAGUUCCUCGAUGAGCUGUUCUCCUUCAUGCAGAAAAGAGGCACGCCCAUCAACCGGCUGCCCAUCAUGGCCAAGCAGGUGCUGGACCUGUACGAGCUGUACAAGCUGGUGGUGGAGCGCGGCGGCCUGGUGGACGUCAUCAACAAGAAGCUGUGGCAGGAGAUCAUCAAGGGCCUCAAGCUGCCCUCCUCCAUCACCAGCGCCGCCUUCACCCUCAGGACGCAGUACAUGAAAUACUUGUACCCUCUGGAAUGUGAGAAGAUGAAGCUGUCUAACCCCACCGAGCUACAGAACGCUAUUGACGGGAACAGAAGAGAGGGGCGCCGCUCUUCCUACGGGAACUACGGAGACACCUGCCAGCCGCCCAUGCUUCCCCUACAGAACCUACAGUCUCUACAGAAUCUCCAGAACCUGCAGAACCCCCUCAGUCUUGUCCCGCGGCCGCAGCUCAACGGGAAUGGCACAGCUCACCCUCUCGCGCCGCAGGAAUAUCUGUUGGGUCGCGGCGGCUCUCCUCCGGGGUCGCAGGAGGCGCUGCUGGAGGCCACGAGACUCACCAUGUGGAAGCUGUACAAUCAGGGCUUGGGCGUCGGCGGCGGCUUCCAGCAUGAAGAUGACGGCCCCAAGCUGCCACCCCCGCACCACCCGUUGGCCGGCGUGCCCUUCCCGCCCCAGAAGGAGGCGCUCAACCUGGAGGUAAAGGACGAGCCAUUCUUCUUUCAGCGGCCGGGGCGCCUCAAGGACGCAGUGGACCACCGCAAUGACCUGCGCAACGACCUACGGAACGACGUACGUAAUGACCUGCGCAAUGACCUCCGUAACGACUUCAGAAGCGACCUGCGUAACGACAUGCGGAGUCGCCUGGAGGACAGCACGAUACCGCCAGCAGCCAAGCGGCAAGCCCAACAGGAAGACUCUCACGACCCCCGCCUGCCGCCGCCCACCACGCCCACCAACGCCCAGAGCGGCGCCAACAUUAAAAUCACCUCGCGAGGAGACGGCAGGAGUCAGGACCAGAGUUUAGUAGUCAGUAUGGAAAUCAAUGGGACACUCUACCAGGGUGUUCUGUUCGCCCAGGCUCCGCGGGCUCGCUUCAGCUAAGGUAGUGUCCCCGUCACCAGCCCACCACGCUGCACACUCUGGUCUGCAGCAGCACGCAGGCCGAGAGGAACAGCAGCGGACGUGACAAGGAGAGAGGCGUCUUCUUGUGUCCGCUCUGUGUCCAGCCUCGCCUCUCCUCAUCUGGCCGACCAAUGGGACAGCUUGACCUUAAUGUUACCUUGUUGAAAGUCACUGUAGCGCUUUAUGGAUAUGAUGAACCUGAAUCAGGUUACUGUAUUUAUUUAUGUAAUUAUAUUGUGUGAUGAUAGUUGUACAGCAUUGUUCUUGUGAGAGCAGGUGACACGUUCUUGUCUCUUUCUUAUUCUGUCGGUUUUAAGGUUAAAUCAAAGAUAGCCAAGUGGUGAUCUCAUGAACGGAGCCCUAGAGUUGUGUGGAUGACGCGGACUUGACCACAGUUCUCGGCGCGCUGCAGGUGACGUGCCGCCGACUCCAAGGUUGCCACACCCACCCAGCGCACUGUUCCUGCUUCACGGCGUGCACUGAAUGAACAAGAAUACGUGUGCGUUUUAGUCAGUCACGAACGACGCCUCCUUCCAUAGUGGAAGAGAAGAACGCUUCAGUGUCCAGCAGAGUGAGUUCUUCGUUCGCCGCCGCGUCGUUCGUCCUCCACCGGUGACCACCACCACUGUGUUGCUGCCUUGGUCACCCACCUCCCCUGCUAGGACCUCCACCCACUGCCAUACAUGGAUGAGCGUUCGCCAUUGCCACGAUGACCAUCCACAGUAAGGCUCCUCCUGCUUCGUGUGGAUGCUGCCGCCGAUCCGCGUCCACCACAGUCCCCUCGCCGCCUGGGCCGCCUCCACUCAAGGUUACCCAUUCGUCAUCAUGGCCACUUAUCAUCCGGAGUGAAUAUAGUGCCUCACUCACCAUGAAUACUGAUGGUUAUUGUGGCAGGGAGCUCGACUAGAGAUGCUGGACAGAGGAGCUGCAUGUCUGUUAGGAAGUACGGCUGAACUUAUCCUUUGCCCUCGAGUGUUGACCAAACUGUGCUCGAUUCCGUCUGGCGAGGGUGCCGAGUGUCACGGUGGUGUGCAGGGCUGUCUUCUGACGUGUACUGAGCUCAAGACGUUGUUUCCUCAUCGAGAAAAACGUAAUCAAUCACUCAUUCCGGUUGAAAGCUGUUGGAACUGUGCAAUAAAUCACCUUUCGUGUUGAUUAUAACGAAUGUCAAAAUUACACCGCUGUCGAACGCUCCGAGUACCUGAAUUGCAUAACGAAAAAAUUCCAGGCCACGAUUUUGGCUGAGAAAUGUUUACCUUGACUUUGUGCGCCACCAGAGUCGUCCGGAGGCUUUUUUGUCCCUUUGACAACUACUUUAUACUUUGUUUGUGCUAGAAUGGACUGUGUAUGUUAGUUAGUGGUUAGGUAAGAAGCAGUGUGUGUCGGGCGGGCGGGCGGUGACUUGUGCGGGAGCGAGGUGACCAGUGGGCGAGGCUGGCACGCGCGCAGCAGUUUACUCAGGGAUCUUCCUCCGUGCUCACGCCCCGCGGCUCCCCACCACCUGGCCGUAACUUAGGCGUCACGUGAUGUCCUCGCCAUUGCCAUUUCAAUAGGUUUUAAGGAAACCAGUCACGUUAUGUUGGAUGUCGGCCUGACGAGCUGCCGCAGGUGACUGACCCUCCAAGGCCAGUGUUGCAGGGGUUGCUGCUGCCUGCACCUCAGGGAGACCGGCUGGAGCUCCCGUCCUGGCUGCUAAGGAGUGCGUCGAACCAGUGUUAUCAGGCGAUACUGAUGUCUCGUCACCAGGGGAGUGAUGUCCUGGUAGGCGUCUCCACGGCUGGCCGGCGACGCCGCGCUGUGCCAGGGGGCGCGGGGCCGAGCCUGCUCCUUCCCAUCCCCCUUCGUGAAGUCUCACUGUCCUACUCUGUCAGCGCGUUGCUACUGUAUUAUUAUCUUAUUGAUACUUUUAAGGAUUUAAUUACUUUUAAGGUUGUUGUAAAUGAGUUGUCGUGUACAGCGCGCCGAGCCCCUGGCCCUGUGAGGGGCGGCGGUCAGCCCACCUCCCGUCGAGACCACUCUCUCGCGUUAGCAGCGGCAGUUACUUAAAAGUGAAAAUGUAAUAAAAUGUUAGUAGUA